CUGGUUUCAAGAAAUCCGCGGGCCCCCAAUGCAAGCGUUGCGGUUGCGGUCAACUGCUCCUGCACAUGGCGGCCACGUGCUGUGGCAUGCAAAAGCAAAAAGGGAAUUGGGAGCAAGUGCUGGUUGUCAUGCGGCAUUCGGAGCGCUUGGACUUUGCUGAUGAGGACGCAUGGUUCCAGCAUCCAGACUCUCGGAUUUAUCCGAUGGACCCGCCCAUCACCAGCAGAGGCAGAAGUCAUGCGAAAGUUCAAGCGCGAUUGCUUCGAGAAUUCCUUGAGAGCAAUGGUGCUGGGAUUGACGUCAUCAUCACCUCUCCAUACAUUCGUUGCGUGCAGACGGCUGUGCACGUUCGGGAGGUCUUGGCGUGCAGAAAAGGUGGUCAGGUGCCGCUAUUGAUCGACACCGAAGUUUCCGAGGUUGGAAUCUACAAGAAGCCGCGCGGGAUGACGGAUCCAGCGCUGUUGAAGUCGCACCUGGAGUUCUGCUCGCGGCGACGGAGCUACAGCGAGGUUCUCCAGCUGCCGGACCUCAAAGGUGUUGAGUUGCUGAACUCGGAUGACUUUGUUGGCAUCCAGCCGCCGUUUCCCGAGCAACGGCGAGCCGCGCACCUCCGGGGUCUCUUUCGCUUUAGCGAGUGGUUGGAGAGAGGCCACCAGACAGACCUCAACUUUUUGAUCAUCACUCACCAGGAUCUUGUGCAUACCUUUUGCUCGAUGAUCAAGCCAGAAGUGUGCAUUGAGUGGGUCAAGUAUUGCGGCUGGGGCGCAGCAUUCAUCCAUCGCUGCGGCAAAGCUGGGGCUGCUGCGAAGACAAGGACUCCGCCUGCCAUUCACUCCCUGAAGAUGAUGGCAGAUUUUGGUUCAGGUGUGAGGUGGUCGCCGUAUUCUGUGGAUCCAUUUACUGGACAGCAGAUGAGAUGGUACCCACCCCAAGAAGACACCGGAGUUGCUGCCAUCGCCACGACUUUUUCAAACCAAGCCACCGCGGAGCUCGAAGACAUGAAGCGCUACCCGGUGAUGACCUGA